UGAUUGUAUAAAUAUCGUAGUGAAGAGGGGGGUCUUUAUUCGUACUCACACCGGCAUUCCUCUUCCUUGACCACCGCCGUCCUCCUGUAGUGAAAAACAGCAGCGAAUUAUAGAAUCUUUACAAUGUUCCGCCUACUUUGCUCCGCCCUCCUGUUAGUGGUCGCCCCGUGCAUGGGCCAAAAAUGGGGGGAUGGACCUUUUGGUGGACCUCGGAGUGGACCUGUUGGCGGAUCUGAGGGAGGGAAUUUUGGCAGACAGUGGCCAAACAGCCACGGGUUCUUCCAACAACCUGGCCAUUUCCAAAAUCCUUACGCUCCUUGUUCCCCUGUGACCACAAAACCAGCCCCUGUUCAACAGCCACAACCACAACCACAGCCACAGCCGCAACCCAAAGUCGGAUGUCCGACACUGACCUCAGCGUGUGCUGGCAGGCCGGCUGGGAUCAGCAGCUCUAGCGUGGGUGACCUCAUACUGAACGCAAUCAAUAACCUGGACACGAACGGAGACGGCAAUGUUACAAACAUUGAGCAGAUACAAUCCAUCAUCAAUAACUACGACGCCAACAAGGACGGCUGUGUCACCCAGGAGGAGUUUCUGACUGCACGUAGGGCUAUGGGCUUCUCUGACGAGCUGAGCUUGGCCUUCAUCCAGGGCGCCUCCAAGCCAACGUGCAGCGGCUUCGAAGUCGCCGACUUUAUCAACAACCCAAGCCAAACUGUGGACUUCUUUGUGAAUGUUGACUUCCAAACACUCAUCAACGUGUGUGAAGGGUGGGUCGGUGUGCCUAUCCGGCAGUCUACCCCCUUCCAGUGA